ACGAAAGGAAAUGAGUAAAUGAAAACAAUACAAUUACGACAGCAGCAGUGAGUGUGAGUGUGACGGAGUGAAAGAAUGUACAAGUCUAAGCUGCAAGAGCUGUGCCAACGCUAUUCGGUGACGUUGCCGGAGUACACGUCGGUGAAGGUCGGUCCCGAUCACGACGCACGAUUCACCGCCACCGUCACCGUAAAUGGAGUUUCUUUUCAGUCGCCGCCGAAUCAGUGCCGCUCCGCUAAGGACGCUCAGAACCUCGCCUCUCGCUUUGCUUUUGAGUAUUUUACUGCCAAUCUGCCCGCGCUUCACACGGCAACUAGGCUCCCAGAUCCGGUUCUUCAGUCUCUGUCCCCGCCUUUACAACCAUCUCCAGUUCACCUCGUCGCCGAUUCUGCCCUUCUGCCCCCUCAAUUCGGGCAAAUCCCAAAUUCAGCUUCGCUUGCAGGCCCCCAACCUGUUCGUCCUCCCCUGCUGCAGCAAACCCCUCCAUCUCUUUCACCAAAAAGCUUGACAGAUUCAGCUUGGCUUGCUGGCCCCCAACCUGUUCGUUCUCCUCUGCUGCAGAAAACACCUCCAUCUCUUCCACCAAAAAGCUUGACAGAGGCUUCUAAUCCAAACACAAAAGUAGGUCAAAGUAAAGAGAGCACUGCACAAGCAUCUGCGGUGACUCCAUUAUACUCUACCGAACCUGCAAAUCUGAAGGGGAUGUACAAGUCAAAAUUGCAAGAGCUAUGCCAUAGGCAAUCAUGGAAUCAGCCCGAGUACAAAGCGGUGAAAGAAGGCCCUGAUCACAACCCUCGAUUUGGUGCCACAGUCAUUGUCAAUGGAAUUCCCUUCAAAACUCCAGAUAACCAUUGCCGUUCCUCCAAAGAAGCAACAAACCUUGCUGCCUGCAUUGCCUUAGAUCACUUUACUGGCUCCAAGCUAACUGUCCCCCAGCAAUGCCAGUUUCCACCAACUGCAUCCUCAUCUUCAGGCCAUACUAAAAAUGAAAUUGCAGGUCGAAACAAUGAACCGAAUUCACAAACAUCUGGGUUUGGUUCAACACCAUUGGUUCCUAAAGAGGUUUACAAAUCUUCAGACAUACGGUAUAUGUACAAGAACCAGUUGCAGCAAUAUGCUCAGAAGCAGAAUAUUACUUUACCUGAAUAUUCUUGUGAAAUUGAAGGGCCACCACAUGCUUGUCGCUUUAGAUCAAAAGUGGUUUUUGGUGGAAAAAUCUUUGAAACCCAAGAAUUUUUCUCUACAUUGAAGGAAGCUGAACAAGCAGCUGCAAAAAUUGCUCUUGAGGCAUUAUCACCCCAAGAAAUUCAAAAGGGUGUAGGUUUAUACAAGGCCCUUCUACAACAACUGGAACAAAAACAGGGUGGCCUGUUUCCAGUAUACAAGACAAUCCAGUCUGGUCCACCUCAUGAUCCAACUUUUGUGGCCACUGUGGUAGUUGGUGGUGAGACAUACCAAGGACUAGAAGCUAAAAGCAAGAAGCAGGCUGAGAUGAGUGCUGCAGAAGUUGCGUAUAAUUCUUGUAUGAAGGGUACAGAAAAUGCUUCAAAGAGGCAGAAAACAUCAGCUGCACCUGGCACGCAUGUACAUGCCCAGUCCUCAGCCUCACCACUACCACUCCAGCAUACAACUCAUCCUGCUGUGGAGUCUGUUAUUCAGAGUUCAUCUGAAUUCUAUGCCAAGGAAAUGGAUAUGAUUGAGGUUUCACAACCCAAUUCAAAUGAGGCAGUUUCUGGUCAUGCUUCCACCUUGCCCUCUAUCCAGGCUUUGCCUGACAACCAAUCCUCCACUCCACUGAAGCAAGAGCAUUUAACUUGUUCUAUUCAAGAGUUUGAUCAGAAGAGACCAGCUGUGAGGGACAUGAUUUUGGUUUACCCAAAUGCUUCAAAUCAGAUACUUCCUGUCCCUGAGAAUGCUUCCAUCUUGGCCUGCAGCAACAACAAAUGGACGGCUGUUCAAGUAGAGCUGAAUCAGAAUGAAGGGCAGAACUAUUGUCCAUCCACAUCCUGUGUGUAAUCUUGCAUUCAUUUUGUAUGUUGUCAGGGAAUUUGUUACUGCCUUGGUUGGGGUUGGCAGUUCGUAGUUGUUGGAGUUUGUUUCGCAUUCUUACUCUCUUUUGCUGGGAAAGUUGGAACUUUGGCCUUAUUUGACAAUCAGCAAUUAGCAAAUAGGGAAUUGUAUAAGUAGGUGUGACAGAGGAUUGUAUCAGUGAUUUAUAAAAAAAAUGUUUAGUAAAAUUAAUUGUUUAAAUUA